UUCACAGAGUCAGACACUAGUUGAUGAUAAUGUGCUCAUCACAGGACUCUGAUGACUGAUCCACAGUCGUUUCUUGGUGUUGAGCGGAUGGCAUCUAUCGCUUCCGUGGGAACUCUCUCCAACAGGAAUCAUACGGCAGCAAGCUCGCUGUAAACGCGGACAUUGGGUGUUCCUCCAGACAUGAAUUUCCACGCAUUUUUGUUCCUGGUUUUAUAAUUUCGACUGCGAUCGCACCGUGGCCUCAUACACACACUGUUGUGUUUUUCCCUCUCAUGCCACUCUGAUAACUUUGCGCGUCGAGACAGAAAGCACUUUUGCGUGGAUUAUUGUGCCUGAAUAAUGGUUCCCAGGAGCGUGCUGCGUCCUGCUGCCUUUAGGAAACAAUUUCAAACAACGCUCUCUUUGACCAUGCUUACCCGUUUCAUGAUUUAAUAAUAAAAGGGCUAUGAGCAACCACAAAUGCAGCGGGAUGGCAUCGAAGGAAAGACUGUACGAGCUGUGGAUGUUAUAUUACACAAAGAAAGACGUGGGUUAUCUGCAGCAGUGGCUCGAGGCGUUCGUGGCUUCCUUUGAGAGACUCAUUGAUGUGCAGUCACUGGAGCCACGGAGGCUGGAGGAGUGCAGCUCCGAGGUGCCCUUGCUUCCCAAGGAGGUCCUGGUGCUCCUCGGUACACAGCUAUGGGAGAGUGCAGAGCAGCUCACCGACCCCCCUGAGUCCAACGGCACCGUCCCUCAUCCCCUGCUCCUCAUCAAGUUCUUCAUCAUAGUCUGCAGGAAUAUGGAGAACAUAGACCCAGACAACACUCCUGGUUUUGUUUUUGAAACCAUCAAGCUUUUGAAUUUCUGUUUAAGCCAGCUAAAGAAGGGUGAAGGGGAGCAGUCGUCUCUGCAGUUGGCUGUGCAGUACGGACUUGUGAUGUUUGAGAAUCUCUUUGACCCUUAUCAGACAUGGAGGAGAGGCCUGGCGGGGGAGGAGGUGAGCUUGCUGGAGAGGAACAAGUAUAAGUUCUCCCCACUGGCCUUGCCAGAGGAGCUGCCUGCUCUCUUCCACGAAUGUCUGCAGGAAAGCGAGAAGAUCCCCGAGGUCAUCACAAGAAGAUUUGUUCAUCUCCAGGGCUCUAUCAUCAGCGGUGGAAGGAAGAAUGGCCUUCUCUCCAUCACCCCUCACUCUGUUGAGGACCUGUUCUCUGUUCUGCGAGUGUGGUGCUGCCGGGCCUCGACCGAACCCAAGAGCACGGCUCUCUCACGGCUGACCCUGCAGUGCCUGACGGCGAUGAUUCACCUGCUUCAUGCCAGCAGCCCUGCUGAGCGGCAGGUGGAGAUCAGGACGAUACUGGAGAGCUACUUCCAGCUGCUCAACUGGAACCGUCCUCUUAGCAGUGAGCUGAAAGAGAGGCAGAACUGGGAGGAAAGCCUGAUCUCCCUCCAGCGCCAAAUGCUAACUGCUGUACCUGAGAUCCUGCAGUGCCCUGACAGACCCGUCCUGCAGGCUGUGUUCCUCAACAACAACUGCUUUGAACAUAUCCUUAGACUGGUUCAGAACAGCAAGCUCUUUCAGAGCAACAUGCAUAGACCGGAACGUGAGGUUGUGUGUGACCUCACUACUUGUUUACUCACAGAGGUCGAAGUGGACCAGGUUUUGGAAAAAGGAUCAGACAGUAUUACAGUUCAUGCCCUAGGAGUCCUCACAGCUAUAAUGAAUAACUCCCCCUCUGCUAAGGAGGUUUUCAAGGAGAGGAUUGGCUACUCCCAGCUGUUUGAUGUGCUGAAGAGUCAAGGUCAACCCACCAAAAGGCUUCUGCAGGAGCUGAUGAACAUGGCAGUGGAAGGUGAGCAUGCCCACGCCCAUCACCUUGGCAUUAGUAACGACCAGCCUUUGCUGCUGCUCUUGCAGUGGCUGCCUGACCUGUCAGGUCAGAGAGACCUGCAGCUGCUGGUGGCCCAGUGGCUGGCUACCGUCUGUGGCGGCUCCCUAUCCUGUCGCACCGUGGCUGUCGAGGCAGGCAUGGUGGGGGCUCUGCUGCAGGUGCUCUCGCAGCCCCAGAAUCUAGACAGGCAGUGUGCAGAUGCCCUGCUUGGCCUCCUGCAGGACCUGGGCUCCCUGUGUCUGAGACCAGAGGAGCUGAAGAGCCUGCUCAGACUGCUCAGGGUGGAUCAGGACAAUGGCGCAGUGGUGGGGAAGGUGCACCCCUACUGCGCUCGCGUAAUCCAAGUGCUCUCAUCCAUGGCGGCCAGAGAAGGCCAGGACAGUGCCUUGCAGUACUUUGACCUCACGCCCCCCAUGGCUGGCAUUAUGGUGCCGACAGUCCAACGCUGGCCAGGCAACGGGUUUGCCUUUCAUGCCUGGCUCUGCCUCAACAUGGAGUUCCCAUGUCAUUCGGAGUCCUCUAAUCAACGUAAACCUCGUGCAAACUCUGUCACAGGGGUUCAGUAUGACAUGGGAAAAGGACCCCGCAGGAAGCAGCUCUACAGUUUCUUCACAGCAAGUGGAACUGGGCUGGAGGCCUUCUUCUCCUUGGAGGGAGUGCUGGUGGUGGCUGUCUGCACUAAAAAAGAAUACAUGGCUGUCACGCUGCCCGAGCACCCACUAGCUGACUCAUGCUGGCAUUCAGUCGCUAUAGUCCACAUCCCAGGCCGUCGUCCUUUUGGUCAGAACCUGGUCACCAUCUACAUCGACGGAGAGCAGCGCAAAACGGCUCCGCUUCGCUUUCCAUCUUUCAGUGAGCCUUUCACUUCCUGCUGCAUCGGAUCUGCAGGCAACCGGACUACUACCACCACCACCACCACCUCCCCCAACCUGCCCACAUCCUCGUCCUCCAACCCAUCAACGCCAGAGUUUUCUUUCCCCUCCCAUGCACCCUCCCUUAUCCGUUCCCAGUCCUUCCCAGCCACCUUUGCAGGAGGUCGCUGGGGGUCUUCAAGAGAGAACACAGUGCACACCAUCCCAGCAGGACUGCAGGACACAGAGUGGGGAACCCCAACGUCUCUGGAUGGGCUAUUGGGCACCGCCUUCAUCUGCCACGAGGCUCUGCAGCCGACACAGACAAGAGCUCUGCAUGCUGCAGGCCCGAAUCACGUGUCCUUAUUCAAAGCGGAGGGAGAGUUAUCUGAUCUCAACAGCAAGCUUCUUCUGUACUACACUCCACAGGCGUUCAAGAGCCAGAAAUGUCUGGACCUGUCGCCCAAUCACCAAUAUGAUGGCAGGCUCACAGGACACAGUGUAGUGAACUGGGACAUCAAGGAUGUUGUAAAUGUGAUGGGAGGUGUAGGGGUUUUGCUGCCACUGCUCGAGCAGGUAUGUGAAGCAGAGCAGGUUAACAACGGCAGUAAGGAGAUCACCGACCUGCUGGGACCAGAGCUCACCUCCUCCAGAGGCCCCGCCGCCAUGCUGCUGCCACUCAACAAGUCUGCAGAGGGCAGACUAGAGAGAAACAGCGUAGCCGCCUUCCUGCUGAUGGUGAAAAACCUGAUUCGUCAUCACCCUGUUAAUCAGGAGUGCCUGCUGCUCUGCCAUGGACCGAGCAUCAUAGGAGCCAUGCUCAGCAAAGUUCCUGGCAGUAUGAUGGACAUGAACGUUUCAAUGGCCUGUCAGCUGCUCUUGGAUCAGGUUUUCAAUGAGGGGAACAGCCCACUUCUACAGCAACUUUACCAGCACCUGCUCUUUGAUUUCCGCAUCUGGACUAAAAGCCAUUUUACCGUUUGUCUGGCCCACGUGCAGUACAUGGUGUCUGUGCUUAACAAAGGCAAGCAGCGAAUGAAGAAGAAGUACGGAGUCCAGUUUAUUCUGGAUACAAUUCGCACAUACUACAGUGUGGAGAAAGAUGGCAGCGCUCUGUCCGAUGAAAAGCAGACGAUUCAAACCUCUCUCUUUGCCUUGCUGAAAGACUUUCUAAAGUCUCCUACUCCAGAGGAGAUUCACAUUGUUCUCGCCUACAUUGUGUCUGUCGGAGAGGAGAAGCAGGUGGUGAGGGCCUUGGACGUGCUGUAUGAGCUGUUGCGGAGCAGCCCUCCUCGGGAGCAGGUGCAGGCCGUGCUGCUGGAGUGGGGCGUAGAGCAGCUGUACUGCUUGCUGCUCACUCCGAGCUUCGGAGACGAGGCCAGAGAGAGGGUCUUCAGGGUUUUGUACAAAAUCCUUAAAAGCGAGCGAGUGUCUGAGCGAAACAAGCAGCGCAUCAAGCUCAAGGAUUUCGGAUAUCUUGGCCUGGUUUGUUUCCUAGAUGCGAUCCCCGUCACCAUGAAUACUGUGCGGUGUCUGUACGAGCAGGUCCUUGCUACAGAAGCGACCCCAAACUUCAGAGACCUCCUGGCUGUCGUCUGUCUCUCCCAUCGAGCUGAACUCACUGUCCGCCUAGAUGUCUGUCGCAAGCUCUUUCAUCUGAUCUACUCCAAUGAGGAUUAUGUGAAGCAGCUCGCUAAGCAGCCCGGCUGGCAGGAUGUUUUUACCAAGCUGUAUGUGAAAGAGUCCUACGAGUCCCACGCUGCCAGCAUCGCAGGCUCCAGCAACCACACCUCCUACCGGCCGCCACUGCAAAGGGAGCAAUCUCUGGUCAUAGAGGACGCACACCCGGACAUGUUCCUGAACUACCGCACCUCGCAGGACAUCGGGGAUGAGGAGGAGGAGGAUGAAGGUGGCCAUCGAGACACUUCGGAGGGAUUCUCGGAUUUAUCCCAGUCUCCUCCAAGUGGAGGUGGAAGUACACUUAAAGACUUCACUGGUUCCCUUAAUUUUAAGUGUUUUGAUUCAGUGGACCAGGAGAGCCACUCGUCCUCCAUCUCUAAUGCAGUUGAUAUCACCCCAUCUCGCCCUGAUUACGAGGGGAGAGACUACCAGCCGCUCUCCCCCUUUGGCACCCCUUUUGAUUUGGACCUAGGGGGCAUGGGAGAUAACGGCACACACACUCCUGCAGGCAGUCUGACAAACACACCGUCUCCUCUAGAGAACAGCAAACCUUUUCCGCCUGCCAGACCCAGGAAGAGCUCCAGUCUGUCCAACGUGCUGGAUGAUACCAGCUAUGGGACGGACCCUCCAACUGGAGACACCAUCUCCAAUACAUCCAACCCACAGCAGACCCCUGAAGAGGAGUUGUGCAACCUGCUCACCAACAUCGUCUUCUCCGUGCUGUGGAGCCGCAGAGGGCCGGAGGCCUCGGAGGAUGUGGUUUGGAGAGAGAGAGGACAGGUAUUCUCUGUUCUCACCAAACUGGGCUCCUCCUGCCAACUGGUGCGCCCUCCCGAUGACAUCAAACGCAGUCUGCUGGAGAUGAUGCUGGAGUCGUCUCUGUCAGACCUGAGGGAGGCUCAGGGUGUGACCCUGCCUUUCUGUCCCAGCCUGGUUCGCCUCCUCAGGCUGCUGCAGGACUUCCUGUUUGCUGAGGGUACAGACAACCACACCCUGUGGAGUGAAAAGAUAUUUGAGGGGGUGGUAAACCUGCUGGACAAGUUGCAGGCCUGGCAUAGCACCCCUGGCAGCCCAGGGAACACCGAACUGAAGGAAAUGGCCCAGAUCGGCCUGCGUAUCAUCACCGGAUACAUCCAGCAGCAGCACUCGCAGGUGUGUGUGAUGGCCUAUGUGAAGCUCCACAGCCUUCUUCAGACCGUCCUGUGUCUGAGCUGGGAGGAGGUGUGCUUCCUGUUGGGGCAGCUGGGCGCCCCCCUGUGGCCAGGAGGGAUAAUGGACGGUACCAACUGUGGACAUGCAGAGACUUACUCGCAGCUUGUGCCCAUCGUGCGUACGCUGCUUGACCAGCACGCCGACCCCAUCACCCUCCAUGAACUACUACCAAACCUGCCCGUCACUAAUGGCAGCACCACCUUCGCUGAGGACCUAAAGACUUACUGCCACACUCUGGAGUGGCAGGAGUUUUACCAGCAUCAGGUUCAGCCCACCAUGGAGCAGUAUGAGCUGGACAGGUUUGGGAGGAGCCAUGACAUCAUGUCCAAUUUCUGGAAUUCCUGCUUCGAUGACCUGAUGAGUACAGCCUAUAAACGGGACAAAGACAGAUCCGACAGCAAGUCCAAGUUUCAGGAAGUGAUUGUGGACCCCUGCCUGAAACGAGCGAAAAGUGAGAACAACAGGUACAUGAGUGUGCAGAAGCAGAGCUCCAGCCAGCAGGGGGUGGUGUGGCAGCACUGGAGAGCUCUGCGCAGGCUUCUGACCAGUGAGAGAGGAGCGUGGGCCAACAAAGUUCAACCAGAGGUGAAAUUGAAAUUGUCCAACGCAGAGACUUAUUCAAAGAUGCGUCUCAAGCUUGUGCCCAACUUCAACUAUGAUCCUCACAGCGAGGCCAGCGCCCUGAGGGACAACAUGGGAGCGGACAGCCCUCGUAGCUCUGAACCCCUCCCUGUGGCUGUUGCAAAGGAGGCCAAAGUUAGUGACAUGGAGGAUGAUCAGUUAGGAGACGAGGACCUCGUCUUCUUAGAUAACAAGGUGGAGGGAGAAGACGAGAACCAGAAAGAAAAACUGGUUCUGUCUGAAGACUGUGAGCUUAUCACCAUCGUGGCGGUUGUUCCGGGUCGUCUAGAGGUUACCACGCACCAUCUGUACUUUUAUGAUGGCAGCAGUGAGAAAGAAGAGACAGAAGAAGGAAUCGGGUUUGAUUUCAAGAGACCUCUGUCUCAGCUGAGAGAAGUCCAUCUGAGGCGCUACAACCUGCGACGAUCUGCACUGGAGCUCUUCUUCAUCGACCAGUCUCACUACUUCAUCAACUUCAGGAAGAAGGUACGAAACAAAGUGUACUCCAGGAUUCUGGGACUGCGGCCUCCCAACCUGUUUUACUUUGGCUCUCGAUCCCCCCAAGAGUUACUGAAGGCAUCUGGGCUUACACAGAAAUGGGUGUGUAGAGAAAUCUCCAAUUUCGAGUACCUGAUGCAACUGAACACCAUUUCUGGACGCACUUACAACGACCUGUCGCAGUAUCCUGUGUUCCCCUGGAUCCUGUGUGACUACACCUCUCCCAUUCUGGAUCUGGAGGACCCGUCAGUUUUCAGAGACUUGUCCAAACCCAUUGGUGUGGUCAACUCCCGCCAUGCACAGAAUGUCAGAGAAAAGUAUGAGAGCUUUGAGGAUCCAACAGGCACCAUCGACAAAUUCCACUAUGGCACACACUACUCUAACGCAGCAGGAGUCAUGCACUACAUGAUCCGCAUGGAACCGUUCACAACUCUGCAUAUCCAGCUGCAGAGCGGCAGAUUUGACUGCGCAGACCGACAGUUCCACUCGGUGGCAGCAGCCUGGCAGGCUCGCAUGGAGAGUCCAGCUGACGUCAAAGAGCUCAUCCCAGAGUUUUUCUACUUCCCAGAAUUCCUGCAGAACAUGAAUGGCUUUGACCUGGGACAGUUGCAGAUAUCUCAGGAUGCUGUGGCCGAUGUUCUGCUGCCUCGCUGGGCCAGUUCCAGAGAAGACUUCAUCAAGCAGCACAGAAAAGCCCUGGAAUGUGAGCAUGUGUCCAGUCACCUCCAUGAGUGGAUUGACCUGAUCUUUGGUUACAAGCAGAGAGGCGAAGAGGCAGUAAACGCCCUCAAUGUCUUCUACUACUGCACUUAUGAGGGCGCUGUAGAUCUGGAUGCAAUUGCCAACGAGACGGAGCGUAAGGCCCUUGAAGGCAUCAUCAGCAACUUUGGACAGACUCCCUGUCAGCUCCUGAAGGAGCCUCAUCCUCCUCGUAUGUCAGCUGAGAACGCAACUAGGCGGCAGGCCCGCCUGGACACUAUGCCCCUCAGUAUCUUUGAGCAGCUCGACAAACUCCGACCAUUUGUAGAAGUCGUAAGCGAUGGCUUUCCUCUGGUCCAGGCAGUGGUUCCAAAGAGCCAGAAUCGCUCCUUUAUAAUCCAAGGCUCAGAUAUGCUGGUGACUGUUAGUUCGACUGGGUUGAUAGGGACACACAGCUGGCUGCCUUAUGACAAAAACAUCGCCAACUACUUCACCUUCACGAAGGACCCCUCCAUGAAUAAUCCCAAAACGCAGCGAUUCUUAAGCGGACCUUUCUCUCCUGGGGUGGAGAUCAGCGCUCAGGUGCUGGUGGUGUCCAACGACGGACGCCUGCUCUUCAGUGGAGGACACUGGGACUGCAGUCUCCGUGUCACCCAGCUGGGGAAGGGCAAGCUGGUGGGCAGGAUCUGCCGGCACAUUGACGUGGUCACUUGCUUGGCUCUGGAUCUCUGUGGCAUCUACCUCAUUUCUGGUUCAAGGGACACAUCCUGCAUAGUGUGGCAGGUUCUGCAGCAGGGUGGCUUCUCCAGCGGUCUCUCUCCUCGGCCAGUGCAAGUUCUCUGUGGCCACGACCAGGAGGUCACCUGUGUGGCCAUCAGCACCGAACUAGACAUGGCUGUGUCAGGGUCGAAGGAUGGGACGGUGAUAGUGCACACUGUCCGACGAGGCCAAUUCUUGCGGACUCUGCGGCCCCCUGGAGAUAGCUGGGUACCCGUACACAUCUCUGAGCUCCAGGUGGGCAUGGAGGGCCACAUUGUGGUACAGACCUCGCUGGAGGCACGCUCUCAUAGAAAGGGCAAGUACUCCAUUCAUGUUUACACAGUAAAUGGCCGUCUGCUGUGCUCCUUCACCAUGGAGGAGCAGGUGACUGCUCUCCACCUUGUGUCUGAACACAUCAUCGUGGGAACCGUGAAAGGCAGCCUUCACAUACGAGAUUUAUGCAGUCUGGACGCGUGUGUAACACCACUGGCCUUGAAAGUUCCUGUGAGAAGUGUGUCUGUCACCAAAGAGUGCAGCCACAUCCUUGUGGGACUAGAAGACGGGAAGUUAAUUGUUGUGGGGGCAGGGAAGCCAGAGGAGGUUCGCUCAGGACAAUUCCACCGCAUCUGGGGCUCCACACGCCGCAUCUCUCAGGUGUCGGCAGGUGAAACCGAGUAUAAUCCUGCUGGCAAAUGAGGUGAGCAAUGGUGGAAGAACUCGGAGGACACUGAAGGCUGCUGCACCACCUAGAUGCUCACCAGACUGUUCAAGGCUUUGUUCCCUUUACAAGCUGGGAGACUAUCCUCCUCAGCCUCUGAUCUCUCUGAGAGAGCAACUAUACACUGUGCACUUUUUUAUUAGUGAUUUAAUAUUUUAUUCUGUAUUUCUUUACAUGUGUGUACUGUUUUUAAUCUGCAUCAUUCCAAAGAGUGGCCUUUGUUGUUGUUGAUGAAGAAGAGCUUGGCGCCAGAGGUUGUGAACUGCAUUUAAACAGCGAGUCAUAAUUCAGGGACGCGACUCAUACUGAUUCACGUGCAGCCUCGGACAUAGAGAGAUGUAACGCUGUGAAGUCAACAGGGUCCAUGUUCUUGGCUCCGUUUCUGCCAGAGGAACAGCUGUGAUGUCUGCAGUUGAAUGUCCCAAAGCGGCUGUUUUGGCAAUGGCACCUUCUUAAAACUCCUGGAAACUUGAAAACUGCUGUAAAUGUUGCUCGAGAUUUCCACAUUGCAAUACUAGUAAUUACCACAUAGGGGUUGACUUUGUAAAAGAAAGACACAAUGGGUGACUGAUCACUCUAAUAAACCAAUGCUGUGUCGUGAUCAACAUCAGGACUUGCAGAUCCUUGCAGCAGAAGAUCACCGCAAUACCACAGUGUAUAAUUCUGGAUUCCUUUAGGCUCUAAGUGAAGUAAAACUGUUACAAUUAAAGCAUUAACUGCUUUAAUGGUCAAGUAUGUGAAAUAAAUUCACCUCUUUAUCAUGCCUCUGGAGCUUAGAUGCAAUGAAACUCAAGAGGGUAGCUUCCUGUUGCCUUAUACACACAAUGGAUUAGAUCUUUACAAAUGCAUCUGUACUAGUUUUGUUACUUCUCUGUUUAUCACACGACUAUAUCACUGUUUUUACUCCAUCUUAAAAGUGCCUUUUUUAGCUUGUGUCUUGAGCCAUGUAUAAACACUGAAUUCUGAUCAUAUAUUACCGUGUAAGAUCACUAUAUGUCUGAAUGUUGCCCUGCUGUUCUGAUUCAAACACACCGUACAUGUCUGCUAUGAGUCAGAUGUAGAUAAGAUGUUGUUAAUGAACUCAGUAAACCCUUGGUCGGAUGCACAUACUUGCCUGUACUGGUGUUGUACUGUUUUAUGAAGCGCUGAAAACAUCUGAAGACAUGAUGACUCUGAGACACGUGAGCAUGAAAGUCUGUGAGUGAGUUUCCGAGGAAUUCACUUCCUGCCAGCUGCUUUUACUGUGGUUGGGACAAACUAGUUGUUAUGCAGUUUCAUGACGGAGCGGAGACAAAGGGAACUAUUUGGGUGUAAGGCAAUACCCAUAACAUUGUCCUCACAUACAAAUUACUUUGUCUGUGCAAGUGAUGCUCAGAGGACUGUAUUUAAAGUGUUUUCUUUCUCUUUUCAAAUCAUCUUCUUUCUACCCGAGGAAAUACACAAUCAGUAAAUCCAGGCUGUCUUAAAUAACAAUUUAUUCAAAUCAUACAACUGUAAGAUGAGAUGGAGCGUAUCUCAUCUUGUCUGUGAAAAUAAAGGAUCGUUUGGCAGCAGUUCAAGCACACAUUUGAUACUAUAGGUUGCUAUUGUGUGUACUGUUUACUAUAUCAAUUCAUGUAAUGCUGCUCUGUUUUGCUAUAAAUGUUAUGAAUGUAAUGUUUCACUUAAUUAUGCAGGAACACUCCAAGCCUUAAGUUUAAUCCGAUCAAAAUGGAGGCUUCCUUUUAUCAUGGGGUCUUUACAAAAACUGGGUUUAAGAUGAAUUUUUAUGACGGUUUUGGUAAUAUCUGUUGUUCAGUUAUCCCAAUUUAGAUUAUAAAUGAUCAUUCAAAAA